CUAAACCUGAACAUCAUCAAACGCCUUAUCAAAUCCAGUCGUCUAUCAACUCACCACCUAAUAAAACAAACCACCGAUCUCAUCACAAUACUUCGAUAUUUCAUCAGAGGGACACACAAUCAAUUGAUUGGCUUCGUUCUGAUUGAGUGAAAAUGAGCCCUCACGCAACGGGAGAGGCCGCCGUUGGCUCGGGCGAGCCGCGGCAGAAGAGCAAGGCGACGGCCGACUCGCUCAUCGUAGGCUGCAUCGCCAUGGUGGAGAAGGAUGGACAACCCCGGCGGGCCGAGAUUUUGAGCAUCAAGGACACCAAGAGCGGCCGGCAGUUCUACUGCAACUUUGACAACUUCAACAAGCGUCUGGACGAGUGGGUUCCGCUCGCACGCAUCGACCUCACCCAUGAUGUUGAGUGGCCCAAUCCGGACAAGGACAAGCCCAAGGAGAAGGCCACCAAGAAGAUCGCCGGUGCCGCCGCCCAGUCAAAGAAGACUGCGCAGACCAAGAGGGCCGCCGCCGCUGCUGCUGCUGCAGCCCAGAAGAGGCCUGUUGGAAAGCGGGAGCAGUCGGUCGUCUCCGAGGCUGGCGCCAGCCAUCCAUGGACUGAGUUUGUCGAGUCGCAGUCGCAGCUCAAGACACCUUCGUCAGAAACCCCCGUCACCGCAACCCCAGCGGACGAGGCCGAUGACAAGAUGGCCUCGGCCAUCGCUGGUCUACCACCGGCCGCGGCGGCCACCCCAGCCAGCGUGGAUGAUAUGGACGUCGACGGCGAUGACAAAACUAUCGGCGGCGUGGGGGCGGACGGCCGUAAGAAGGAGAGGCAACCUUCUUUCAGUCGCGAGGAGGAGAUUGAAAAGCUGCGGACUUCCGGGUCCAUGACGCAAAAUCCGACCGAGAUAUCGCGUAUCCGAAACAUAUCCAAGGUUCAGUUUGGUCGAUACGACCUGUUUCCGUGGUACUUCUCGCCAUAUCCAGAGGCUUUCUCAAUGGAGGACUGCAUAUCGAUAUGUGAGUUCUGCCUGUGCUACUACGGAGAUGUCAAAUCUUUCACGCGCCACUGCCGCAAAUGCACGCUCCAGCAUCCGCCAGGCAACGAAAUCUACCGGGACGAGUACGUUUCGUUCUUUGAGAUUGAUGGGAGGCGCCAGCGGACAUGGUGCCGUAACCUAUGUCUACUGUCCAAAAUGUUCCUCGACCACAAGACACUGUAUUACGACGUUGACCCCUUUCUCUUCUAUGUCAUGACGACCAAGGACGACAAGGGCGACCAUUUGGUUGGCUACUUCUCCAAGGAGAAGGAGAGUGCCGACGGAUACAACGUUGCGUGUAUUUUGACGCUACCUCAAUACCAGCGCAAGGGUUUUGGUCGGUUGUUGAUCCAGUUUUCAUACGAGCUUUCAAAGAUCGAAGGCAAGCUCGGUUCGCCCGAGAAGCCGCUUUCGGAUCUGGGUCUGCUCAGUUACCGACAAUACUGGGGUGAGAACAUUUUGGACCUGCUCAUCAGCUUCCACGAGCGCGAUGAGCGCUGCAGCAUCGAGUCCAUCGCCGCACAGCUCUCCAUGACCACGGGUGACGUCGAGCAUACUCUGCAAGCUCUCAGGAUGCAGAUUUAUCACAAAGGAGAGCACAAGAUCGUCAUACCUGAAAAGCUACUGCAGCAGCGUGAGAAGUCAAAACAGAAGCAGAAGCGCAUGAUCGAUCCCAGUCGUAUCCAGUGGAAGCCACCUGUGUUCAAUGCUUCCUCUCGCACAUGGGGCUGGUAGUUUGUUGGCCUGGAGAUCAUUCUUCGAAAAACUGAUCUCUGUUCUCUUCUCUGUCCUGUGAUUUAGAAAAAAAAAUAGAUACCCCCUUUCAGCGACGGCAAACUGGAAUUGAGCGUCUCAUAGCGUGAUGUGGACUUUGUCAAUGACUUGUUCUAUUUCUAUUCUCGGACAGUCAGCAGCUCUACACAAACCCAAACGACUUUUGCUCAUCUUGAUCCUUCUCCUCCACAGGCGGCUCGUCCUGCAAUCGCUUAAGCAAACCGGCCAGCCUCUCAACGCCCUCAACAAUGGUAUCCUCGUUCUCCCAGGAGAAGCAUAGCCUCAGGUUCCGUGGGAACCGCACCGCAUCCUCAUCGCCCUUGACUUGGAACAUGCUACCGGCGGCGAGGAUCAAGUUUUCGUCCUGCAGCGCGCGGCUGGCUACGAUGCUCGCCGAUGGUCCGCUGUCCGGCAGCGUCAGCCACACAAAGUAUCCACCGUACGUCGACUUCGGCUCCUCAAAGGUCACGCCCAGCGGGGAGAGGUGCUGCCGAACGGCGUUGAGCAGCAGGGCGUGCCUCUUUUGCAAGUCUGGGCGUACGGUCCCGUCUAUGUGGGCCGCUAGGGCGCCGGUGCGUAUCAUCUCCCACUGGGAUGGAGAUCUUUGUCAGAUUUGUUUUUUUUUAAGCCAAAGAGCACCAGGAAAAAGUAACAAACAAAAGAAAAGAUCUCACAAUCAUCACAGCGGCGAGCUGGCUUGCUGCGCCACCACUCUUGUUGCUCCCCGUUGUGGCCAGCCCCAGGGCAAAGGCGGGAGUGCCCUCGGCCCAGCCGGUCCUCACCCCGGGAGCGAUAAUCUUGCUGAAUGAACCGUUGCUCACGGUGUGGCCGAAGCCGCCCGAGUCGAAACGGCUCGCACCGAGACUGUCCGUCAGGUCUCGGUCGAUGUCGACCAGGCGCGGCGGCGGCGUCAGGGGAGGGAUGUACUGCUGCUGCGGGGACCCCUGCCGUUGUUGCCCGAGUGGCCACUGUAGAAAGUCGUAGACGUCGUCGCUUAUCACCAGCGCGUCAUACUCCCGCGCCAGCCGGACCAGCCCCUCGCGCCGCGCCACGCUCAUGGUUUUGCCCGAGGGGUUGGCGCUGGUGGGCACGCAGUAGAUGACAUGACGGUAUGCCUUACGUGAAGGGGCUAGGUUUUUAAAGACCUGUUUGUCUGUAGGGUUAGUGGGAUACAUAAUCUAUCAGAUCCAAGGCAAUAACAAAUAACAAGAAAGUCUCUUGUUGCAUCUUCCAAAUAUUUUCCCAGAUACCAAGAAGCGCAUCUUACAGGCUCGCUUGGGUCAUCAGAGCCAAACUCCUUCAAACCCCUCUCCAACCACUCCAGAUCAAUACCCUCGUCAUCCUCCGGAACGGCUCUCAGACGUCCCCUGAACCCUGCAUCUUCAAAGAUGGGAUUCGAGAGGUGAUAGCACGGCGCGACGACCCAGACAGCCUUUGUGAAGCCGGGGUCCGUAAAGGAGCUGAGCACGCAGCCCAGGUUCUGGCUGGCGCCGCCAGUGAUGCAGAUGCGGGCCGGGUCCGGCGUGCGCCCCCGACUGUGGUAGUAGUACGGGGCCAUGAAGCGCGCGAGCUCCUCCCGCAGCGGUUGAAAGCCCGGGUCCGGGGCGUACUGCAGGCCUGGGACGAAGACGUCGGGUUCCGUGAGCAUGCGGUCCGCUGCGGUCCGGAGAUGCUCGGCCGGCAGCGUGUGUGGUGCCGGCCAUCCACGUAUCAGGUUGAUCUGGCGCUUGGCAUUGGCUGGGUCCAGUUGCUUGGGAGUUGUUGUAGCCAUUGUCCUGAGGGUCAUUCUACCGAAGCGGGGGGAUGGGAUGGUAGAGUGGGGGACGAGACUUGGAGCAAUAGAGAUUCUGAGGAAUAGCUUGAAGAUGUUAAACGGUUGCAUAGACGGGUGAACCACACAAUUUGAAAGUGCUGAAAAGGUAGUUGGUACUAUUUGCAAAGCUCGCUACGCGCUGCUCCCGAAAGCUGCGUUUACUCACGGUAUAGUGACGUGCUUCUAAUUACUCAGCCGCUGGGACGAGACUCUUGUCAUGUAAAUAAAUACCUCACGUGACACAGCAUCCACAAUCUGUGAUGCAGUCGUGUAUCUAGACUUGAGCCUGGAGUUGAUGCAGCAGAUAACCGUCUUUUUUCUAAACACUUCGCUAUCGGAUACAUCACUUCUUUUGUGGGGCAAUACUCUAUCGUGAGUUGCUGCGAGGGUUGGGGCUGGCCCUUGAACAACUCCAUAUAUCCCGAGAUAUCCCCUGCUGAAACAGCA